GCGGGCGGGGCCCGGCCUCCCCCAGCCUCUGUCCGCGCCAACCUCUGGACCUGGGGAUGAAACAGCCCAUUGUUCGCGCAGUCCUCUGGCCCCGCCACCCUGGGCGUUGCUUUCUGUUCGCCUGGGUCACGGGUGGGAGGUGAAGAACGCCGGGGUUCAGGAGCCUGGCUCCCCGCCAGGCCUGUGGCCUUCGGCCCCGGGGGCCACCGUGCGGCCGCGCCUGGGCGGGAACACAGAUCGCGGGUGUCAGGCUGCAGCGCUGUCAUGGGUUCCAGCAGCUCGGUCGCGGCGGGGAUCCCGGACGUAGAGAAAAUUCGGCGGGAGACGGGCUUCUCGCACGCCAGCCUGGUCCGCCUCUACCACCGGUUUCGGGCUCUGGACAAAAACAAGAAAGGCUACCUGAGCCGCGCGGAUCUGCAGGAGAUCGGGGCGCUGGCCGUGAACCCCCUGGGGGACCGCAUUAUAGACACCUUCUUCCCUGAUGGGAGUCUGCAGUUGGAGUUCCCGGGCUUUGUCCGAGUCCUGGCUCAUUUCCGACCUGUAAAUGAAGAGGACACCAGGACACGGGACCCCAAGGAACCCGAACCCCUCAACAGCAGAAUGAACAAACUCCGCUUCGCCUUUCAGCUCUAUGACCAGGACCGAGAUGGGAAGAUCUCCCAGCCGGAGAUGCUACAGGUCCUCCGGCUGAUGGUCGGGGUACAGGUGACAGAAGAGCAGUUGGAGAGCAUCGCCGACCGCACCGUGCAGGAGGCCGAUGAAGAUGGGGAUGGGGCUGUGUCUUUCCAGGAGUUCACCAAGUGCUUGGAGAAGAUGAACAUCGAGCAGAAAAUGAGCAUCCGAAUCCUGAAGUGACCUUAUUUCUGCCUGGGAUCCCCCUCAGUCCCCCGGAGGCGGCCCCAGCAAGCUGCAUCUUUGCUUCUGCGCUGAACUCUCUCUAGGUCCAAGGAGAGAAAGCUGGACAGCUGGGUGCAAAGUCUAAUUCACAUGAUCUCAGAUCUGCGACUCGGCCAACCAUCUUUGGGUGGCAAGUGACUGAACCUCCAAAUCAAAGAGACUUCAGUUCCAAAGGGUUUUUAUGGGCUUGUGUAAUUAGAGUCCGGAAGUGUCUUCGGAAUACUGGGAAAACCUGGAAGUGUCUUCAGGCACAGCUGGAUCUGCAGGCUCAGAUGAUGCUCUCUGGACUCAGUUAUUCUCUCUCUGCUGUCUCAAGUCAGAUUCCCUCUGUGGUGGCUUCACUCUCAGGGUGGCUCUUUGCUCGUGCAGGAGGAUGGCCUCCUGCAGCUCCAGGCUUUCAUCUUACUGAGCGAGUCAUCCAGUGGGAACAGACUUCCUUUUUCCGUCAUUUCAGGCAAAGGGUGUCAUUUGCUCAACUGGGGGUUUGUCCCUUCUCCAGGGGGAACGAAAUGUUCUAAUUGCUAUGUGUUCGUGUGCUAACUGCUAGAGCUAGGGAAUAGGGUCUGAAGCCUCAAGAUGGGGUAAGGGAUGGGUGCUUAAAGGACAAUGAGGUGCUAUUAUCAGAAGAGGGGGCAACCAUGCCAGGCUGAGGAAACAGGGCUAUCUAUUACUGUUAAGUAAUUACUGUUAGCAUUACUGUUGAGGUGGAUGUUUGAAGUCUGGCUUCUUAAAUGGGUUUUCACUGAUCCCAUGGGUGCGUGCCCGGGUAAGGGGGUGUGGGAGGGGAGAGGGGAUGGAAAAAUAGCCAACAAGACACAGCUUCCUAGAGGAUGAUGUGAUUCAAAGGUUUGCAGAGUCAUUCCUUUUUUUUUUUUUAAUGGUAAGAUGCUCAAACGUCGACAUCGCAGAGAGAGUAUAAAAGUCAUAUAACAUCAUGAGAUUCUAGGUCUGUAGCAAAGCCCUGUGGCUGUAUGUAUGGGAGAUGCUGCUGGCAUCCUGCCCACUUGCCCUCCCAGGGCUGAGCUGGAAUUGUCUUGCGUCAACACGGGGCAGCCAGUUGGGCUCAGGCCUUCCUAACUCUACUUUCAGCGAUGUCACACCUGCAGUUUGAACUUGGCUGUGGUGGGAAUAGAUGCAUGACAGACAUCGGCAAGCGCAAUAGGCGGGAUAGGGCUUCUCUGCCUGGGAGAACCUGGUGCCAAACUGUUAUCAGCUCAUCAGCUUCCUGGCACUCACCAUCACCACUUAUCCCACCCCCACCCCCACCAUCACCACUUAUCCCACCCCCACCCCCAGCUUCGCUGAAGUAUAAUUGGUAUGCAAAAAACUGCGCAUAACUAAGGUAUACAAUUGGAUGAGUUUAGACAUAAUCAAGAUAAUAAA